UGAUAUAAAACCGCAUAAGGAGUUGAACGUUUACAGAAUGAAUGUCUUACAAAGGGGAUUUCUGCAGAGUUGCAGAUUUAGCACAGUGAAAAAUUUAUAUAAAAUACCUGCAGCUUACACGUGCUACGGAACGGAAUUACAGCAUAAAAAAUUAAUGAAUACUCAUAGAAUGAAUACUACAUUCAAAAGUCGAUGGGAAACUAUAUAUCAAUUACCCAUUAUUAGGGCAGCUUCGGUAGUAAGUCAGAUUAAAACUUAUCAGGGUAUUGCUACAGCAAUUUCAGUGCCAAUUAGCUACGCGUUUGAGCAAGCUGUGCUCUUCCCAACUAAUACCUGCUUAGUAGUCACAAUCAUAGGAGCAUCUGGUCUCAUCACAUUGACGCUAUUUAGCUUGGUAAUACGCAAUUUAAUUGGUUUUAUUUAUAUCAACAGCGAGGAACAGAAGAUAAAAUUUGCUUAUCUUGAUUUUUGGGGGAAACGGAAGGAAAGAAUUGCGGAUGUUUCAGCCAUAGAAGUUAAUAACGAAGAGAAAAGCUUUCAAAUAAAUUUGGUGUGAUCUUGGAUCCAGACAGGUACGCGGAACAUUUCGGUGAAUAGAUAUAUCACAAAAUAUGAAAAGUUUAUUUAAAGUAAACUACGGUUUUGCUAAUUUUAAUUGUUUUAUUGGAAUAAAAAUUAUAAUAAAUUAAUUCAUUGAAAAUACGUUACAUAACCAGAUCUAAGUGGAUUCCAUGGAUCACCAUAAAAGUUGCGAGCAUGCAGAUCACAUUAGACGAGUAAUUUUUAAUUUUAAAGUUGUAAUUUUUUUAUUUAGUGUUAAAGCUAACAU